AUUAAUUAGUUUCCCGCCCGUAGACACAAGAAUGCAUCAACCACCUGGUCGCCAAACUGCCAGGAGGCGGAGAAGUUGCACGAGUCUUGCCGGCAAGGAGGGCACUCCGCCGUGCCGAACCUAUCACCUACCAGCCAUGUUGAUUAUCCUGCUCGUCCUCAUCCAGAACUUUGAGCUGCACAUGUGCCGGCAAUUGAUGGUGUAUCCGGGCACCGACAAACGAUCCCCCGACAAGCUGCUCACCAUCGGCGGCAGUGCAGCCGGAGAGGUGACAUUGCCGGAGGCCAACACUCCGGCGGAUGACAAGCGGGCGGGCGGUUCCAGGUCGGCCCCCAGUCAGCCGGAGGAGAUUUUCAGUGCCCCAGCCGACGAGGGCUACGACGAGUAUCCGAUGGUGGUUCCCAAGCGCGCAGCAUUACUCUUGGAUCGUCUAAUGGUUGCUUUGCAUCAUGCCCUCGAACAGGAGAGGAGUGAACAAAGAAUCGGCGAAUUCUUCGGAGAUAGAAACAUUUUAAGUGGCAAAUUCGGCGAAUCCCACAACGGAAUGGAGCAUCAUCAAGCUAGGGAGGAUGGCAUGUACAGUGACGACGAUGCGGGAACACUGUUGGAUUAUGAUUUCAAAGAUUUGAACCAGAUCAAUCGCGCCACUGGCGAAACAUUAAUGCCAAAGAGCUUUCAGAGAAGAGCGGGCGCAGAUCGAUCUGGAACGUCCACCCAUACCGGUUCCCCAGCUGGCACCCGGCGUAUCCAACCAUCCGGAUCCGGCGGUGGCCGAGCCUACUGGCGUUGCUAUUUCAAUGCCGUCAGCUGCUUUUAA